AUGCAACCCAUAAAUGCCAGCCACACCGACGCGCGAGGUCGCGAGUUCCCUGUUAAUCAAUGCAAACGGACUCCACAUGGUAACGGCCCAAGUAGCGCCGACGAGGGCGACGAGGCCGAGUGCGGCGGUGGAGGUGUGCAGCAGGGUGGUGAGGAGGAGGCAGGAGGUGGCGACAGACUGGGAAAACAACCACAGGCGUGGCAGGUUCUGGGGCGCAAGGAGGGUAGUGGCGUGGGAGAGGGCAGACAGAAGGACCGUCGAAAAAAAAAGUCCCGAGCGAAAAGGCGAGCGAAGCGUAGAGGCGAUAAGGUUUCGCGUCGGCCUCGGGGUGUGGGCGGCGAAUUGCACCUCACAUACCCGUCCAACGAGCGGCGGCAUUCUCCUCCACCGCCGCGCCAGCACGCCAGGCAGACACGUGGCGAGGACCCGGCCGACGUCGUCCUUGUGCUCGGACUUUACACCGGUCGACGCAGAUUCCGGGACCAGGUAGCACGCCAGCCAUACGGUGGCAGGGGAACAAACGGCAGCGACGCAGGCCACGGGGCCGAACUCGGGCGCGAAUGCCAUGAGGAGCAUGGAAGAGAUGACGGACACGGCGCCAGCAAACAUGACGGGUUUGCGUCGGCCGUGCGUGAGGGUGUUGCGAUAGGUCGCUAA